AUCAAAUGUGAUGUAUUUCUCUAUACACAGAUUCAACACUUUCAAUGAGCUCAUCCAUCAGGAAUCUCCCAGAGAGAAGGAUUGUUCUGCUUGGAAAAAGCGGUGUUGGGAAGAGUGCAACAGGAAACACCAUCCUGGGACGGAAAGUUUUURUCUCAAAGAAGAGUUCCAAAUCAGUGACUGCUGAUAUUGAGAAACAAAAUGUCACCAUUGAAGGAAUAGAUCUUGUCGUGUAUGACACUCCAGGAUUCUGUAACCCCGACCGAUCUGAAGAGCAAAUUCAGGAGAAAUUCCAGGAUGUCCUCAAGUUAACCUCAUCUGGUCCCCGUGUGUUUCUCCUGGUGGUGAAGAUAGAUAGAUUAACAGAAGAAGACAAGAGGGUCAUCAGUAAAGUAGAAGAUCUUCUAGGAGAGAGUCUUUUGAAGCAAACCUGGAUCCUGUUCACCAGAGGAGAUGAGUUGGAAGACCAGACUAUAGAAGAAUUCAUUGCUGACUCCGAUGACCUCACAGAAGUGAUGAGAAAAUACGGUGGAAGAUACCAUGUGUUCAACAACAAGAGGGGUGAUCCUGAGCAGGUCAAAUCACUGCUGGAAAAGACAUCCAUCUGUCUCAAUUCAACUGUUUCAAGGAGCUCCUCCAUCAGGAAUCUCCCAGAGAGAAGGAUUGUUCUGCUUGGAAAAAGCGGUGUUGGGAAGAGUGCAACAGGAAACACCAUCCUUGGUGGGAGAAGUUUCCAUUCUGAACAGAGCUGUUCCUCAGUAACACGUGAAACAGAAAUGAAGCAGGCAGCAGUAGAUGGGGGGGAUGUCAGUGUGGUUGACACUCCAGGACUGUUUGACACAGAACUUACUGCUGACGAAUUGACAAAGGAGAUUGUUAGGAGCAUCUAUGUGUCUAGUCCAGGGCCUCAUGCCUUCCUCAUAGUUUUACGAGUGGAUGACAGGUUCACAGAGCAGGAGAAACAAGCUAUUGAAAGUCUAGAGAGUUUGUUUGGGUCAGGACUGGCAAAGCACACCAUCAUCCUCUUCACCCAUGGAGAUACAUUAGAGGGUGAUGGUGUAGAGAAGCUGAUUGAUGGGAACAGAGACCUCAGUAGAUUGGUAGAGCAGUGUGGGGGGAGGUACCAUGUCCUCAACAAUAAAGCUAGAGGAAACAGAGAUCAGGUCACAGAGCUGAUGGAGAAGAUAGACAGAAUGGUGGAGGAGAAUGGAGGAACCUGCUACACCAAUGAGAUGUUUGAGGAUGCAGCCAGGAUUAAGAAAGAGGAGAAGGAGUGGCUCCAGAAGGAGAUAGAGGAGAGGAUCCAGAGGGAGAAGGAGUGGAUCCAGCCUGAGAGCGAAACGGCCACACCUUGGCAAUGUUCCUCUUCUCCUCCUAGUGUUCUGCUGCCAGUACUUCAGACCAAAGCUAAGAGAGGACCCCCUCGCCAGGCCAAGUAUGCCAUCCACUGUAUCCAUGCCAUGUUCACACACAGAGAAUCACACUUCGCUCAGAUCUUUGAGCCGCUGCAAAAAGGCCUGGACCUUGAGGACCUGGAUCAGCUGAUAACUCCUCUCACCACUCUGGGUCACCUGGCUCUGCUGGCCCCAGAACAGUUUGCCGCUCCGCUCAAAUCACUGGUGGCCAACUUCAUAGUCAAGGACUUGCUCAUGAGCGACAGGAUCCCAGGUAAGAAGACUACCAAGCUGUGGGUUCCUGAUGAUGAGGUGUCUUCUGAAACCCUGGCCAAGAGCUGGUUCUGGUGCCCUCAGACCCGUCAAGGUCCUAACGAUAUGCGUAACGUCCCCAUCCGAUAA